AUGGAUUACAUGGACUCAGAAACACAAGAACCAGAUGAUUUACCAUAUCUGGAAACAGAGUACGACAUGCCUCCUCCACUUGCUGCCGAAUGCAAAAGUUUCAAAUGGAAAAUAGAAGUUAUAGAUACUGCUGGGAAAAUCGAAGGCAAAAUGAUAACAUCUAAAGAAGUUUGGAAAAUUCAAAAUAGCAAAGUGAUUGUUCAUUUUGACGAAGUUAGUGGCCAGCCAAUCGGAGAGUCGGGAGGUCUACUAGGGUCAUGGUUAGGUCAACUAAGCAAUGAUGUGAAUUUGCUACCCAUUAACUACAGUGACUGGAGAAUGGUUAAUCCUCACAUAAAAAAUAAAGUCUGGGAAGUAAUACAGUCCAAAUUCUGGUUUGAUGAUCCAGCGACAAGAAAAGUGUUUGUGAUGAGUGCAUUAGGUAGCAGAUGCAAAGAUGUCAAACUACAUCUUUGGAAAGAAUACAAGCGAGACAGUCUAAGUGAGACAUUGCUCAAUCGACCAGAAAAUGUUCCUGAAAAUCAAUGGGGUCAUUUCGUUCACAUGAGAUUCACUGAAAAGUGGAAGGAAAAACUUACGACGUUGUUGGGCCAAAAGUCACAUGUGACAAACAAUGCUAUUGCUAGUUUGGAUGAUGAAUAUGCACAAGUUUUUGGUCCAGAGCGUCCAGGACGAGUACGGUGUGUUGGUCGUGGACCUACACCUUCAAAAUUAGUGAACCAUUCACCUGUUACGAGACAAGAGAUAGAGAAUUCAGAAAUGGUUAUUGACCUGAAGUCACAAGUGAAAGAAUUAUCAGAUCAAGUCAAGGGAAUGACUACAUUCAUCCAACAAGUAAUUGGUACUUCAACUGGUGAACAGGCAAGAGUAUGGGCUUCAAGUUUUGCUGUAGCUUUUGCUAACAUACCAAACCCAGCUUUUGCCAACGUACCAUCUCCACCAAAUCCAAAUCAGGAACGGAGUGAUGAUGCUGUUAGAGACUAA